UCACCGGCCACAGGGGGUCCCGUUGAGCUGGGAGACCUGGGGUCACCUUGACCCCCACCCCGCCGCCGCCAUUGGGAGACCUGGGGUCUCCUUGACCCCCACCCCACCGCCGCCAUUGGGAGACCUGGGGUCACCAACCCUAAUCCAGCCAAAAAAAAAAAAAAUAGGCUCAUUGUUAGGUUGUUGCUAGGCAGCAUGACAUUACGAUAUCUGAUAUAGAUAAGAACCUCCAGGCCCCUAAUAUACCUGUGUGCCACGUUUGGUUACUGAAAUCCUGAUUGUGUAGGAGGUGUUCGCGGACAGACAGACAGAGAUUUGGUGUAUUAAAGUAAGAUUUGUCUCGAUAUGCUUUAGUUAGAGAUCCUAAGAGGGUCACACCACAAUGCCCAGAAAAAGGAAAGGUUCUUCAUUAUCCCGCAGCACGAAGGAUGCCAUGCGGAAGAAGAAAAACAGGGCCAGUGAAUCCCAGCAUCAAAGAGAAUCUAGACUGGAAAAUGCCAGAUUAGCUCAAGCUUCACGGAAACAGCGAGAAACCAGCGAAGAAAGACAGCGUCGUUUGGAAACUGCCAGAUUAACUCAAGCUUCGCGAAGACGACGAGAAACCAGCGAAAAAAGACGGCUUAGGUUGGAAAAUGCCAAACUGGCUCAAGCUUCGCGAAGACAGCGAGAAACCAGCGAAGAAAGGCAGCGUCGGCUGGACCAUGCCCGGUCAGCUCAAGCUUCACGAAGACAGCGAGAAAGCAGCGCGGAGAGGCAGUACCGGCUGCAACACGACCGGCUGGCCCAGGCUUCGCGAAGACGCCGAGAAAGCAGUGAAGAAAGGCAACUUCGCUUGGAAAAUGACAGAUUGGCUCAUGCUUCACGAAGACGGCGAGAGACAGGCGUGGAGAGAGAGAGGCGGCUUGAAAAUGACAGACAACGGCACCGUGAACAUUAUAGAUUUGAAGUGCAGAAUGGUUCCCGAAACAGAAAUAGACUUGGCUGUCCGGCACCUGUAUGGGAUUUCCGCGAGUCAGCUUUUGAGGAGGGGCAGGUGCACUCUGAAUCACCAUCACUCUUCACAGUAAACAUCCACAGUUUUGUCUGCGCUUGAUUCUGGUUUUUAAUGUUUAUAUGCAUGCUUCUCCAUCCACGUUGAAGCCUCUCGAUUCUGUGUAUCACAGUGCCUUGCGAUUUAUCACAGGUGAAUCUCCACUUACUCGCCAUUGUAUCUUAUAUGAAGAAGUGGGAUUGUCCUUAGCUGAUAGAAGGGAGCAGCAUUGUUUGAUGUUUAUUUACAAGGUUCAACUGCAAAGAUUACCUGCUUAUAUCAGGACAUUUUAGCUGUAUCUCUUAUUCACACAGAGCUUGGAAAAACUGGAUUGCUGCCUAUAAAUGAAAUGAGCUACAAAAAAAUAUGAAACUACAUUCUCUGAUUUCAUGUGUCCUUGUGU